CAUUUUCAAAGACAAAAAGGGUAGACUUGUCCCCCCGAUUUCUCUGCUUCUUUUGCGCUGAGCUCGGUCACAACUCACAAAGAUUACGAUUACGGUCUUUCUCAGGCCUAUUUUGGAGUGUCAGUUGGAAAAACGUUGAAUUGGGAUUAACGGGGAGUUGGAUUACAGCUCACCGAGGCUUGAUCUGCUUCCUCCCGUUGACUGAUGUUAGGGUUUUAGUUUGAAUUUCGCCUUGUAAUUUAUAGCUUCUAGCUGAAUGAAGACUGUGGGAUGUAAAAAGUCUUUGACUUGAGUAAAUUAUCAGCUUGUUUGUCUCCAAUUCGUUGGGAUCACCUUUUGCUUUCUCGGGGGUUUUCUCCGAGGAAGUUGAUUAUUUUCCAUCCUGACAUUUUACUUGGUCUCUGCAUGAUGUCCUUGUCAUAGCCAUGGAUGAAUUGGUUUUGCAUGUGCCGAGCUCGCAGCUCAAUUUUGUAGUCAAAUUUGGUUUCUAUGAGCUUAACAGAGAGGCUUACUGGUGAAAGAUUUUUUCUUACUGUUACAGUAGAGAUGUCAUUUUGCGGACUAAGUUUCUGCUCAUCCACGGAUCUGCUUUUGGACUGAUAUGGCGUUCCUUGAAGUCUCACCUUGCUGGUUUGCUUAACCUUGAUGGAAAAGAAUCCGAGCAAGGUUGUGAUGGAUCAAGCGAAUUACGAGCAACCUUGGUAUAAUAAUGUUGAGACUAGAAAUGAGGGACCUAGUUCCACCAGCCAAAGGUUUUUGCAUGAUCCUUCGACCAACAUUAACACUAACUUGCGCCCUCCUGAUUACAACUUAUCAAUUAGAGCCAGACCUGUACUCAAUUACUCCAUUCAGACGGGUGAGGAGUUUUCCCUUGAAUUUAUGCGGGAAAGGGUGAAUCCCCAGCAGCACUUCCCUCCAAACCCAUAUGUAGAUCCUAGUAGUGGAUCUGGCUACAUGGAUUUAAAGGGGUCAGAAAGUGGGUCAGAUAUCGCAAUGAUCAACGGUGUGGAAAAAGGGCGUACUCAGGACUUUGAAAGGAAGGUUAUUCCCAAACAGGAACAUGAUUCAGUGCGAUCAGUGCCAAGAACCUCAUCAAGAAAUGACAGUAGGCGAGGAACUCAGAGUAAUACUUCAUCGGGGCCAUCAGAUUGUUCAUCUGUUAAGGUAAAGUUUCUCUGCAGCUUCGGUGGUACCAUUUUGCCACGCCCAAGUGAUGGAAAGCUUAGAUAUGUUGGAGGUGAAACACGCAUAAUUCGGAUAAGCAAGGAUAUUUCUUGGAAAGAGCUAGUGCGGAAGACUUUGGCCAUUUGCAAUCAACCUCACACGAUGAAGUACCAGCUUCCAGGUGAAGAUCUUGAUGCGCUUGUUUCAGUAUCAUGUGAUGAGGAUCUUCAGAACAUGAUGGAGGAAUGUAGUUUACUAGAUGAUGGAGGUUCACAGAAGCCCAGGAUGUUUCUAUUUUCCAGCUAUGACUUGGAGGAUGGAACAUGUGGUCUGGGAAGUGUGGACUGUGAUUCUGAGAUACAAUAUGUUGUUGCUGUGAACGGUAUGGAUUUUGGUUCAAGGAAAAACUCCAUCAAUUUAGCAAGUGCAUCUGGAAACAACUUGGAUGAGUUACAUAGUCUCAACGUUGAAAGGGAGAAUAGUCGAGUUGCAGCUGUCACAUCCAUUCCUACCAUAUCACCUUCGGCAGUUACAAAGCCUCCCUUGGCUAUUCAAUCUUCUCAACCGGGGGCUUUGACUUCAUCCAUCCCUUCUGCACAACCUUAUCAGGGACAGAAUACCCAUCAUUUGGGUGCCAGUCAGUACCCAAUAACUUCAACUCGACCUGUGGCGAGCUUGCAACAACUGGAAGGUUCUAACUCCUCUAACGCAAAGAAAUAUGCUAUCCUUAACCACCCUUCUUGCUAUGGAACAUCUGGAGAGACUUUGAUGCCUGUGCCUCUCCAUGGGCAUCCUACUAAGACAGGGGGUAUGGCUGAGGAGACGACACAGGGUGGCGCUCGUGUGCAAAAUGCAGAAGCAUCUAUCAAGGGUAACAAACUGAGAAGAGAUAGCUCUAGCCAGAAGAUACAUGAGUUAGAUGCAAUUCAAAAUGCAGAUAAGGAGGCACCAAAGGAACUGAAGAUGAAACGUGAUGGCUCACUCCAUAAGAUAAAUGAAGCUGUGUCUAUACCGAAUAAUGUUCAUAAAGAGGAAGCUGCAGCUACAAGACCUACAAAAAGUAAUACAAGACCUCAGGAAGGUUUACAGAAUCCUAAGAAUUUAAGUGAAGGAAAGAAGAAUGCAGGGGAUGAUCAAUACUCGUCCGGUGAUUCCUUCGCCCCCCCAGUCCGAGGCUGUUCUGACAGACUGUAGCUACCCUGAACAACCUGUAGUUCCUCAACCUGUCUUUCACUCCGAGCGAUUUCCCAGAGAGCAGGCAGAAUUACAUCGCCUGUCAAAAUCUGAAGAUUCAUUUGAUCCACAGGUUCUAAUGAAUCAGGCACGUUCUAGUGUUUCUCAACUAGUCAAUGAUUCAGUUAAUAAGUUACAUGAUACUCCAGCAACGCUCAUGCCUGAACAGUCUCUCCCAUCUGCAAAAGGGCAUCAUGUAAAUCCUCAGACCAUUCAGGAUGGACUGGCUCAGUUUGAACAGUACAAGGAAUUGGCCGAUAAUAUGAGUAAACCCAGUUCUCAUGUUCCCCCAGUGAAGGAGUCAAAGUCGCAGAAGUCUGACUCUAGGCAUGUAUUCUUUAAUAGCACUGAAAUUUCAGAAACUUCUCAGUUGAAAGCCAAAAAGGAAGGUUCGGGAUUGAUGCAUCCAGAUGCAAGUGAGAUUCAGGGACCUUCCAGCAAGCACCUGGAGAGUUCUGCUACGAGGUCAUCAGAAUUUGAUCAGUCUGAUAUAGCCGACAAUAAUAAUAUUGGCAGCAAUGCUAAGGGGCAGAUGCAACUUCCCAAACAACAGAUAGAGAACCCCGGAGGAGCUGUUUCUAAUGUGAAGUCUGCUGUCAUUGGUGCUCCUGAGCAGAUUACUAUUGAUAUCAAUGAGCGUUUUUCUCGUGAUUUUUUAUCUGAUAUAUUUUCACAAGCCAAGAUCCAUGAGAACAGCUCUACCAUUGGCCCAAUGCAUGUUGAUGGAGCUGGCUUGAGUGUGAACGUGGAGAAUCUUGAUCCAAAACGAUGGUCAUACUUUCGGAACUUGGCGCAGAAUCAAUUUUUGAGGAAGGAUGUAUCCCUUAUGGAUCAAGAUCAUCCUGCCUUUCCCCUCUCUUUGACAACUGCUGAAGGGAGCACUCCUCUUGAUUACAGCUAUCCUCCUUUUAAAACUGGUGGCAUUUCCUUGCCGGAAAUGGACCCACCCAUUAACUUUGAUGAAGACAUCCAACAACAGAAAUCCGUUAUUGUUGGGACUCAAACACUGGACUAUAGCCAUUCUCAGCUCAAAGGCCAGGAGAGCUUACAGUUGGAUGGAAUCAACUCGAGGAUGCCAGAAUCUGAAUACGAGGAUGGGAAGUCGGAUGUAAAUAAUACUGCCGGACCACUUCUUGACAUUUCUCUUGGAGAUUUUGACAUCAGUACGCUACAGAUAAUAAAAAAUGAAGAUCUAGAAGAGUUGAGGGAAUUGGGUUCAGGAACUUUUGGGACAGUCUAUCAUGGAAAGUGGAGGGGUUCAGAUGUUGCCAUUAAGCGAAUAAAAAAGAGCUGUUUCACUGGGCGGCCAUCAGAGCAGGAAAGGCUGACAGUAGAGUUUUGGCGGGAAGCAGACAUUCUGUCAAAACUUCAUCACCCCAAUGUCGUGGCAUUGUAUGGGGUGGUGCAGGAUGGACCAGGUGGAACACUGGCCACUGUGACAGAGUACAUGGUGAAUGGCUCUCUUAGACAUGUGCUGCUGAGCAAGGAGAGGCAUCUUGAUCGUCGUAAGAGGCUCAUUAUCGCAAUGGAUGCUGCAUUUGGAAUGGAAUACCUGCAUUCAAAGAACAUCGUGCACUUUGAUUUGAAAUGUGAUAAUUUGCUUGUCAACUUGAAAGAUCCGCUGCGACCCAUUUGCAAGGUAGGUGAUUUUGGUUUGUCAAAAAUCAAAAGGAACACAUUAGUUACUGGUGGUGUGAGGGGAACACUCCCGUGGAUGGCUCCAGAACUGCUGAACGGGAGCAGCAGUAAAGUUUCUGAAAAGGUUGAUGUAUUUUCCUUUGGUAUUGUGCUGUGGGAAAUUCUUACCGGUGAGGAACCUUAUGCCAAUAUGCAUUACGGAGCAAUUAUAGGUGGCAUUGUCAACAACACACUGAGGCCUCCCGUACCAGGCUUCUGUGACCCGGACUGGAAAUUGCUAAUGGAGCAAUGCUGGGCACCAGAUCCUUUGGCACGCCCAGCGUUCACUGAAAUUGCCGGACGAUUGCGUGUCAUGUCUGCCGCAGCAUCUCAAACCAGACAACAGAAUCAUCAGCCUCAGAACCAGGCACAGAAGUAGGGUGCUGCACCUGCCUUCCCCUUGGUGGGUCCAUUGUCAUCGAUUCGAUGGUAAAAGAAAGAGUUGGUUUUCACUUGUUUCAUCCUCUUGUGUGCGGCACCGUCGCCCGCCAAUUGUAAGGGUUGAACUAUAGGAUGUGUGCUUAAAAAUAUUAAAAGGAAGAAGAAAAAAAUGACAGAGUGAGAGAUAAGAGAUUAGUAUUUGUGUGCAGAGAACUACUAUUUUUGGUGUCAAUAGGUAUUACUGAACUUCUUAAACAGUGGGAAUUAGUCUGUACAGCUGGGAGAAUUCUGGGUCCUCGUUGUUCAUAAAGGGGAGUCUUUUAAAUGUAACUUUUUGUUGGUGUGAUUAUGUGUUCAUAAACACGAGUACCGUCCUUCUAACAGCCUAUUGUUUUUCAGUUUUGGGUUGAGUUCAUACAGG